AUGCGUGGUCUGGCCAUCGCUGCGGUAUCAUUUGCGGUAAUAACUCACGCUGUCGCGCCACGAGUGGGCAGAGCAUUGCAGGAUGUCCUCAGCGCAGUAAAGCUGUUUAUCCUAUUCUUCAUUGUCUGCACAGGCUUUGCAGCGCUUGGGGGCCAUCUUCGAGUCCCCAAGCCUGAUAAUCUUUCUGUGUCCCAAUCCUUCCGAGGAACGUCAAGCAGUGCCUAUGGGAUCGGCACGGCGCUUUUGAAUGUCAUUUUCUCGUACCAAGGAUAUGACAACUUGAACGCGGUCUUGUCAGAAGUCAAGAACCCCCAAAGAACUCUUCGUAUUGCACUGCCUACCGCCAUGAGUCUGGUGACUGUGCUCUAUAUUCUGGCUAACAUUGCAUACUUUGCCGGUGUUUCGAGGGAAGACUUCCUGAAUUCUGAGCUGACCAUCGCAGCUACUCUCUUCAGAAACGUGUAUGGCCAGUCUGCCGCAGUAAAAGUCCUGCCUGCCCUAGUAGCCCUUUCGGCUGUUGGUCAUCUUCUCAGUGUGGCUUUUACAGUUUCACGGUUAAUCCAGGAGCUUGCCAAAGAUGGCACUACUCCCUUCCCAGACCUUCUCAUGCAGAACCGUCCUUUCAGAACACCAAUUUUCUCUCUUGCUGUUCAUCUCGGUGUCACGAUUCUUUUCAUCUGCGCCCCUCCAGCAGGCUCCGCCUUCAAAUUUAUCGUCGGCCUGGGUACCUACCCCGCGGUGGUUCUUUUGACCGCUAUCACGAUUGGCUUGAUGAAGCUGCGCCUGUCCGAGCUUGAAGACUUCCAGUCCUCAUUUACUGUGCCUUGGCCAGUCCUAGUAUUUUAUCUUGCAGGAAAUUUUGUAAGUGUUUAUCUGAUGACCUGGAACAGUGAAACUGACUCGCCCAGUUCCUUCUGA